CUGAGCAGGGGGGAUGGGAGGCUGAGGUCCCCCCCGGGCAGGGCUGCAGGAGAGGGGAAAGUCCGCCAGUUCAGGGAAGAGCCGCCUAGAGGGCACUUCCGAGCAGGCAGCGCGGCGGGGAGGCUGCCCCGCCGGCUGGGAGGGAGAGGGGAGCAGAGACAAAGGGGAGGAGGGAGGAACGACAUGAGAGAAGAAAAAGGGAGAGAACCGGGGAUCAGCUGAACUCACCCAGGAAGGAAACCCGCCUCCUUUACAGGCCAGAGAGGGGGUGCAGCCAGGGACCGGGCAGUGUCUGCUUCUGGCCAAGGCAAGGCUGGCCCAUGGGGAAAGGAGGGGAGAAAGGCGAGGAGACCGGGGAGCAUGAGGCACAGAUCCUUUUCUACAGCUGGGAGGAGAUCCAGAAGCACAACCUGAAGACAGACAAGUGGCUGGUGAUCGACAGGAAGGUCUACAACAUCACCAACUGGGUGAGGAGGCACCCUGGGGGCCACCGCGUGAUCAGCCACUAUGCUGGAGAGGAUGCCACGGAUGCUUUCUGGGCCUUUCACAUCAAUCCCAGCUUUGUGCAGAAGUUUCUCAAGCCAUUACUUAUUGGAGAGCUUGCCCCAGGAGAACCCAGCCAGGAUCGAGAUAAAAAUUCUCAGCUGGUGGAGGAUUUCCGAGCCUUGAGGAAGACAGCAGAGGAAAUGAACUUGUUCAAAGCAGAUCCCUUAUUCUUCUCACUUUACCUCUGUCAUAUCUUGAUUAUGGAAGCUUUGGGUUUGUUAAUGAUUUCAUAUUAUGGCAACGGCUGGAUCACAACUUUUAUCCUUUCCUGCAUCCUUGCAACCUCCCAGGCCCAGGCUGGGUGGCUGCAACAUGACUUUGGUCACCUCUCUGUCUUUAAGAAGUCUGUAUGGAACCACAUAGUCCACAAGUUUGUGAUUGGGCACCUGAAGGGUGCUUCAGCAAACUGGUGGAAUCACCGUCACUUCCAGCAUCAUGCAAAGCCCAAUAUUUUCAAGAAGGACCCAGAUGUGAACAUGAUACACAUUUUUGUCCUGGGAGAUUCUCAGCCUGUUGAGUAUGGCAAGAAGAAGCUGAAGUACCUGCCUUACAACCAUCAGCAUGAGUACUUCUUCCUGGUUUUCCCACCUCUCCUCAUCCCUGUGUACUUCCAAAUGCAAAUCAUGAUGAGCAUGAUCAGGCACAAGUUCUGGGCGGACCUGAUCUGGGCCUUCAGUUAUUACAUACGCUACUUCAUCACAUUCAUCCCUUUCUAUGGAGUUCUGGGGUCCCUGUUUCUCCUCACCUUUGUCAGGUUUCUGGAAAGUCACUGGUUUGUGUGGGUAACACAGAUGAACCAUAUUCCAAUGGAAAUUGACAAUGAGAAGCACAGAGAUUGGCUCAGCUCUCAGUUGGCUGCCACGUGCAAUAUUGAGCAGUCCUUUUUCAAUGACUGGUUCACCGGACACCUGAACUUCCAAAUUGAGCACCACCUGUUUCCAACAAUGCCACGUCACAACUUUUGGAAGGUUAAACCGCUGGUGAAAUCAUUGUGCGCCAAGCAUGGAAUCCACUAUGAAGAGAAGACUCUUGGAAGAGCUUUCAUAGACAUAGUUGGGUCCCUAAAGAAAUCUGGAGAUCUCUGGUUGGAUGCCUACCUCCAUAAAUGAAACCUGAUCUUAAUAGGGAGGUGUGGUGAUGGGGAGGGAUGGGGGUCAUUUAUGUGUGUUUUGCUAUCAGAUUUCAGUCUCUCUCUGCAUAUACAAUUUGAGGGGAGUUUCCUGUCUCAUUGAAUGCUACUGAGGGAGGGUGGGGGGUGUUCAGGCAACCUGUUAAAAACCUGAGAGUUUAGACUUUUUGCAAAGUCCUCAGGGAUGACUCAAAAUGCCCAUAAUAAUCACACAAGCACAAGCUGGUGGGGAAAAAAACCAAGCAGGUUGGGGCUCUCUAUUUCAGGGAAUGAAAGAAAGGAGAGGUUAAAACAGAGCAACACUUUCACUCUCCUCACAGUCAAUUUUCACACCUUAGGAAGAGGCAGCAGCUGCCAGUCUUGUACCCCCUCUAAAUCAGUGCCGAGGGCUGGUGCCCCACUCGCCCACCUCUAGUUUUGCUACUAGGUAGACAUUUGGGUCUCUGCACUUCUGCAAGUGCCCAACAAUAGGACAUAGAAUAGGAACUGCUUCUCCUUGGCGCUAGGAGUCAAGAAUGAUUGCAGGCAUUGUGCUCAUCUAGUGCACAAAUACUGCAGGAAGCUUCAGCAAAGAGGAGUUCCCACCCUAGCCAUCUUCCAGACUGUUCACAAAUUCAGCUGAGUGUAAAGCUGGUCUGGAUUUUCUUUUGGUAUGAACCAUUCCGUAGAUUAGCAGGAGUCUUAAUUUGUCCAAACCUUUUCUUUUUUGUCCAAGACAUAGUUACCAAAAUCCAUUAGCAGCUCAGAUGGGAGGGAGGAAGCAUCUGCUAUUGACCCACCCCAGCCCUGAAGCCAGAGGCCCAUUGAAGGCAACAGAAAGUCUGCUGGUAAAAUCAGCAGUCUUUAGAUCAGACCCAGAGGCCCUGGUUUAAUACAGUUGAAAAGAGAGAAAUGCAGCCUUCAGAAAACAUUAAGGAUUACAGUUUCCAAAGUAGCCUCUAACCUCCUGCCCUCAAUGUCAUUGUUUAGUCAAGACCCACUCCUCCAUGUGAAAAACAGAGUUUUACUCCUGCAGUUACCUGACUGCAAGUUUGCAAGCACAUUAUUUUGCCCUAAUCCAUCAACCAGCACACAGGUAGAGCCCAGUAUCCUGAUGGUGCAACUGAAAUCAAUGGGUGUCUGCCCAAAUGAAGAGAGCUCAGGAUCAUGGGUUAACAUUCAUAAUAUUUACUGCCACAUUUUGAAAAAAUAUAAAAGACCCAAGGUUCUGAUUUUACUCUACUAGAGGCAGAAAAUUCAUUGCAGAGAACAGUAACAACCUGCCCACUGAGACCGAAGGUUUCCAAAGAGCAGGAGGAAUGGGGGGGGAAGGGAGCUAAAUAUUUAGGUGAUCCUAUGCACCCGUCAGAUUACAAUCCCUAAAUAUCACUAGCAGUCAUUAGAGCGAACUGUUACCAUCCUGGACAUUUGAAUUUAAACCAAUCUCGGUCAUCUUUUAUAUUGAGCUCUAGCAGUAUAACCAGUAAUAUCUUUCUGAAUAUUGUAACUUUCUAGUGCAAGGUAAUGAUGGGUUAGUAUUUCGUAUUAGCAACAUCAUUAAGAAUGCCUUAUCUUGCCAUCUUUCUGACUCCAUGAAUGCAUCUCACAUUUCUCUGGUCCAGCAGGGAUAUGUUCUAGCUUCUGGUAUGCAAACUUUCAAACAUACAGCUUGCUUUUCUUUAAGGUUUAUAUCCUUUGUUCUUUGAGUUUUAAUCUCCAGAAUGGGUUUGUUGUGAAUUCAGUUGUCAUUUGCUCCCUGGCUUUGUCAUCUCUGAUAUCUACCUUACUAGAAAGUUGUCCACUUGCUUGGUAACACUCAGAGGAACCUCAGAAAACAGAUGGGUCAGCUGAUCCAUUCCAAAUUAGUAACCUUAAAUCCAGUUGCUUGGUUUUGGUCUUCUCACAGAUCAGCUUGUUACAGGGACCAAUGUUUUAAUAAAAGACAAAUACAACUCCAGCAGAACCCCCUGCUUGGCUUUGUGAGAUGGCAGCUACCACUACUAACAGCUGUAGGACUCUAAAACCUUCUAGGAGAGACAUUUUGCUGGGACAAUCUGCUGAAGGAAGGGACAGUUCUCAUACAAAGGAAUUAUUGUUUCAUUAGUCCUGCACAGAAGACACAUCAAGGGAAUCCAACAGGACAGGAGACCCCAUGAUUUUAUCUUUUCCUGCUACAGCCAGGCCAGCUGGCAGCUUUUGUUUAAACCAUAGAAACAUUCUUGUUCAUGGAAAAUGAGGAAUCACUCAAGCUCCUGAAAUAAACACUGUGCAAUCUUACAAUUAGGAGAAGUUCAUGUCAUGUCAUGUCUCAUUGCUUCUACUAGAAGAUAAAAAUCUUCUCUGACCUGUUUAUAGUUUGCAGGUGUGUUUAUCCUACCUUGUUGACUAACAUGAGAAAACAAAUUCCUCUGAUGAAAAACAUAGCUGCCGGAAGCUCUGGCAAAUGUAUUCCCUCUGAUUGUUGUCACUAUGGCCAGUCUUAGUUAGUAAUCAAAGGUGAGCAGUGUUCUCCUCAAAGUUUCCCUCUUUCACUAGAAAUAAGGUAUCUCCUCUCUCCAAAUACAGUGUUCCACUUAGUCAAAUGUGCAGCCUCAUCCAACAUUUCUCCAUGCAUAAACUGAAGGAGGCCAGUCUGAUCUCUCAUAUGAAGCCCUUGAAGCCGGAGAUAAAUGUGGCCCAUUGUAAAAGCUUUACUCCAUUCUAAAAUACAGUGAAAUUACAGACAGGUAUACCAUGAACUCUUCAAACCCUGGCUGCACAUUGAGUGACCCUAGCAUUAUUUAAGGAUUUCAAAUAUGAUGUGCAGAACCGAAGGGAACUUGUCUGGCUUUGGCCCUAAAUCAAACAAAACAGCUGUUUCAAUUCAGUGUGACUUUUAUAUGUUUCUAGGUUCCAACCUGACCCUCAGUGUACUAAAAUGCAAACUUAAAUCACAUUUGCCCAAACACUCUCAGAAAGUAAAUGAAUGAUAUUCCCUCCAAGAAAGGGCAGGGUUACACUGGUUUUAUUUUGCAUGAUUCGUUGCAUUUUAAAGGCAUUUAAGCACACAACAAACUCUAGAACAUGUUGAGCUCCUGUUGGAGCCUUCAGACAAUCUUGAUCUGUACCAUACAUGAUUUGGCACCAGGAACGGGUGGAGUUAUUCUAGAGGCCAUGAGUUUGUGGUGGGCAUGCUAUUUCAAAAGACGAUAAUAAAAUAGGAAGACAAGGAGGUAUGGUCUUUGCUUCCCUCCAGUUACUCUAGUAGUACAGAUUGGGCAGAACGUUGAGGCCAAAAGGAGGUAUGACUCUCGGGCUUGACAGCUGGAGGGAGAAAGUGUUGCAAGAAGGAAGUGUGAGAGCAGCAGGAGUCCUGGGACAGGAGAGAGACAGGAAAUGUAGGCAGGAAAAAGAGGUAGUAGGGAGCUGGGGUAGAGGUAUGUGUGAGAGAGGAAAAAGGUCAGGUAGGCAAGCAUGAGAGGGAGAAAAAGGAUGGUGGUAACAGAAAGGAAAAUGGAUACUAGUGUGGGGAGGAAAAAAAACACACAACGCUCCCCCAUUCUCUCUCAUCAUCGUUGCCUGACCAAAUAAUUGCUUAAAUGAAAAGACUUCCUUUCCAUGGGUACCCUAGGAAGAAAGAGGGUACAAGCUGAAGGAGAAGACUCAUUCUCAGUCCCUGUUCUUCCAGAGCAAGAACUGGGCAUGUCAGAUAGAGACAGCAGCACUAGAUACCUCAAAAGGCCCAUAGACCCAUCCUACUCCCACCUCACUAGCAGAGUAGGGCAGAUACAAAAUGAAUGUGGCAUACUUCAUCAGGGCAUUUCAGUUCCUUCAGAGGGGUGUGCUUCCCCAGCAGUCUGAAAUAUAUACUGGGCUAGCCAAUUAGGAAAACCCCUAAAAGCUGUGAAGUAGAUACUCAGCUGGCAUUGACUUAUGCAGCUCCAAUGAAGUCAAUGGUUCUGGGCUAUUUGUACCAUAUGAGGAUCUUGUCUUGUAUGUCUUGUGUUCUCUGUGAAUUCUGGUAGUUAUUAGUCAGUCUCAAUGAGAUUGUAGGGGAGGAUCUACUAACCAUGAUGUAUUUAUGUACUAUGGAUUAGAGGCCUCAUCAUCAUUACUCUGAACACAAGAGGAGGUCUCCAAAUUAUUAUGGCUCCUUCAUUAUAGGAGGUGGAGUUGUUUUCUUUGUGACUAAUGCCAAACAAGUUUUAAGUCCUUGAAUGUUUCAGGCAAUGUUGUUACAAAGACAUCAAUUUCUUUCUGUAACAAGCUGCUACUCCAGCUAUGAUCUUUUCCAGCAGAUGCUUUCCUAGAAGCCUCCCUAACAGAGCCUUAAAACUUAGUUGGAUCUAGAGUUAGUUAAAAAAAACCCACAAAAGCAUCAAUACAAAGCUGAUCAUAGAAAAACUCUUGAUUGUAUCAUUCUACAAGUAAAUAUUUCAAUAUAUAUCAGAGGACCUAUUUUUUUCUAGAGUAUCCACUACUUAAUAAAAUCAUAAUGGUU